GACGCUGGACCGUCUCCCGCGCCGCCGGCACCCCCCACCGGCCACACCGCCACCGCGACAACCUGCGCCUGCGCCGCCAGGACUCAAAGGACUUGAACCCUUUCAUCAUCUGAGGGCUUUUUUAUGAACUCACUAGAGUCUGUUCUCCAUUAAAGAGACCAAGUGCUACAACUCGUGCUUAAUUCACUGCAGUGUUAAAACGAAUUUUUGGUUCUAAUUGGAUCGUGCCUUCACGGACGAGAUUCGGACGAGGCGUAUAAUAUAUAACUGAGGCAUCAACUUCGCUUGGACGAACCAUGGAAAUUGUCAUAGACGACGUAAACUUUGCGGCCAAGAGCUUAUCGAUCUGAGUACUUAAAAGGAGAAGGAGAGGGUUGGAGUGAAUAAUGGGAAAAAGGAACGUACGGAUCAAAUUCGCACACUCCAUUGGUCCACCAAACGCGCUGAGCUCGAUGCGUGUCUCCGAGUAGUCCCUAUCCGCGCCUGCGUCACGCCUACGCUGCACCUUUAUUCGCAUUUUACCAGUUACCGACGCUCUAGCACUGCCAAUAAAGUACAAGUCAUACCGGGUUAUAAUUGAAUUAUUAAAACUUAGAUUUAUAUUGUAGUACAAAUAAUCUGAAAGAGAUCACGGUGGCGUUUGCUUGAUGUAGCAAAAGUGAGUAGAGAAAGAGCCGAGCCGACGUCCUCGGUUGAGACAUUAAAACGGUAGUCAUGACGGCCACUGCCCCAGAACUGUCAAAGUCUGAUUUCUUUGAUUUCGUGACAUCCAACGAAGUGACUGAUGCUCAGUAUAAGCAGCAAAUGAGAUCCGUCAAUGUGUUCAUGGAAUCUCCGGACUCAAGGUCCAAUCCCUUGCUCUCAGAAGAACCCAAGGAACAGAACAAUAACAGCUUGCUGAGCGUGACUGGAGUGAGCGCCGGUAAUCCAACCAUGGCCGCCGCUGCCACCACCUCAACUACGCUGCAGAGCUUUGACUCCAUCUGGAAUGUAGAUCGCGACCGCGACCGCUUAGAAACUGCCAUGCUAGAAGAUCUCAACAAAUAUUACUGGAACACACAAGACAACGAAAUCAAUGGUACGAAUACUUGUACAGACACUGCCAUUUCUAAUAAAUUGAUAAGCAAUAACACCGAUGGACAAAUUUAUACACUCACUGUCCUAAAUCAAGAUAUUAAUGAGACGAGUACGAAUCGUUACUGGACAAAAGAGGAGGAUGUUUCUAUGUCCAGUCCGACGGACAUCGUUGACCAGCAGUCGUCUCUAGAUCUCGAAUCAAUACUUAACAUGAAUGGUUUCCCUAACGACUUUAGUCAAGACUCUCUUAGUUCAAACAUACUACCCAAAGUAGAAAACUUUAGUUAUGAUGAAGGAGAUUCAGAAAGCCAAAACACUGACUUAAACUCAACUAACCUAGUAAAAGUGGAAACGUUUAGCUACGAAGACAGUGAAUUUCAAGGAAGUGAAAAAAGAGAAGACCCAUGUAGUCCUAUCAUUAGCAAUCCUAUUCUAGAUAAUCAAAUUGAAUUUAAUAACAACAACAAUGAUUGGAAACUCACAGAUCAGAAUACGGAAUCUAACGAAUCAUUGCUAAGAAGCGCUUUACAGGGAAAAGCUUUUAUCAGAUAUAGCGCAAUACAAAAGAAUACAAUAACGAAGCUUGACGCUAGUUCGGAACUAAAGAGAGUAAUAAUCAACAAUAACAAUAAAGAUGUUCCAAGCAUGUACCAAGACGGUAAAGAAAGCGAGGCAGAAUUGUUGAUGACCAUAGCUCCUCCCAACGGUAAUGUGAACAUAUCAAUACUCCUCGAGGACCCAGCCAACGUGAUCUCUAAUGGUGAAAACCCGACAUCAACACAGAGCGUUGACGAUAUCAUAUUGUCACAACUAGAUGCCAACUAUCACCCUGAAGAUUACGAAAAACUAAAACGGAUAGCAACAGAGUUGGGUGAAUCAGUACAACCAUAUUGUACCGUGGAACCUAUAGACCCCACACGCAAUGUUUAUAACAUUCAUCACGUUAACGGCGAAUUAGUGACUAUGAUUCCCGCGGGCGAAGUACAACUGUCGCAGCACUUACAAAUAGUCGCCGCCUCGCCCACCGUUACCAGCACAAAAACUGUAAGUAAGAAAUAUAAAAGAAUUCAGAAUAAGAAUUCUCCACCGACAACACAAGCGCAGUCAGGCACAGCUAUUCAAGCUGCGACCUCAACAUCGAACGGUGUGAGGAAAGAGAGGUCCCUGCACUACUGCUCUAUCUGCUCGAAAGGCUUUAAGGAUAAGUACUCAGUGAACGUGCAUGUGCGGACGCACACGGGCGAGAAACCUUUUUCAUGCUCGCUGUGUGGCAAGAGCUUCCGGCAGAAGGCGCAUCUGGCCAAACACUACCAGACACACAUCGCACAGAAGAGCGCCGCUGCCAACGGUGCCGUCAAACCCAACAAGAGGUAACCGCGACGGCGCACCCAGCUCGCAUGACCGGAAUGUCGUCUCGGUCGCUCGUAUUGAUAGUCAAUUGAACUGUAAAAUGGUGAUAUAUUAACAAAAUAUUUUUAAUAAACAAAUACGCAAAGGCUGAAAAUAUCACAGAUGAAUUUGGUAAGGUGCUAAAUACGUAGUGAUUUAACGAAGCGAAACGAACGUAAAACAUAAUUCUCAACACUUGUGAAAGGUUCUUUGCCGUUGUAAUAUUGUUAUAAUUUACAUUUUAGCUCUGUCCGUUACCGAAUACUUUUAGCACUAGUUAUAGCUAAGAACAGGUACCUACGAUUAAGUAUUUUAGAAUGAGAUUAUUGUAAACCAUCAUUUCAUAAGUAUUUAUAGUCAUAACAGCAUUAGAUUAAUGGUGAAGUCAUAGAUCCACGUGUUUGUGUGUGGGUUAGUUUUGUUCCUGUUACUUCAUUCAUAAACUUUCUGUAUAGACAGAUGCAAAUAACCUAACGUACAAAUUAUACAAUAAUUGUUAGUAUUCUCUGUCUUCUUACACUUAGUAGCUUAACGUAACAAGCUGUCUGACAAAUGGGCACCAGUGAUGAGCAGCAGCGAACUUGCAUCGACAGCGCAUACGCCGCGCCCGCCACCGUAAUUUCUCCCGCAGCGCGACCGACUAAACUUUCUAAAAAAUAAAAAAUAAAACAGAGCAACAGAACGAGCAUUCAGUGCCUGCCAUCUUUCACCGCGCUGCUAUCAUAUUCUCUACAUCAGGUUAAAGAUGCGGUGUUGUUUUAUUCUCCAUGCCUUCACAAGAAUGCCGCUCUAUCGUUUUCGACAGUAGUAGUCUGUUACUCAAGUAUGUACAAAUACAUGUGGCUAGUCGCUCGGUACCUACGUCUGCCAACUUAGUAAUUUACUAUUUUCUAUUUUGUUUUAGUCCAUGGCUCUUUCCAUUUUAUGAACUAUAAUGUUAUUAAAAUAAUGUGCCCUCGAGAAAUCUGAGUGUAAUAGCCACUGGUCAGGCUUCCAUAAUUAUUUGGCCAUCCAUAUCGGACAACGUAGUGAGCGGUUUCUCAUUUCCAAUAUUACAUCCUUCGCCUCAUACUAGGAAAGGCCUGAUUGCUUCCAGAUUGCUAUAAAUUUGAAAUACAAGUGGUGUUUCAAUCGCGGUCUUUAAAAUUGUGCUCCCUUUCUAGUCUAACAAAUUGGCCUUUCUUUGUUCAGUCCGUGUACCUGUAACACAGAGGCUCGCCUUGUUCUUAUUUAUAAAGAUAUCGUUUGAGGCAGGUGGGCCCUAUCAUCAUCGUAUCUCAGCUAUAAAUUCUCUUCAAGUUAAAAGAGGUAUUUUCACUAAUUUUCUGAAGUAAGUACAUCUCUCUCACAGGUCUCUCUAUCAAUAGCUGAUUAUUAACUAAUCCGCAGACUAGCUUGUACACUCGACUCAUAAAAGGUACGAGUAUUUAUGAUUUCUAGAGAUUAAGCUUUCACUGACUUCAACUUUCGUAUUUCAACAAUUGAUGUUUCAAAUUAUAAGAUUACCUGUAACCACAAACAUUAUAUAAAGUAUUUUAAAAAGUUUUUAGAAGCCAUUAGUACGUUACACAGCAGAUAUUUUAAAGGGAAAAUUAAAUUGGAAUUGGUUUUGAAUGAUGACCGAAAUAGGAAACUCGAGUCGUUUUGUAACUUAACACAUUAUUAGUAUUAAGACGUGACCACGCAUUGUGCGCAGGCGUCGAACAGGUUGUGUGCUGGCACCAGUAUUUACAAUCCACAUACACAACAUAACAACAAAAUGCUUGCAAUUGUCAUUUUUAACAAAGUAAUUUCUCUGUGACAGUGACUAUAACUUGAGCGCGUUUGCAUUUGCAGUUUUCAGUUUUAAUUUACCUCAAAAGUCACUUGCAUCUUAUUUGCAAGCUACUUGUAUUAAAUGUAAACGCACCCUUGCCCUUGCUCAGUAUCUUUUACUCAAAGCCACAUAAUAUAACUUCCUAUUAAGUAACACAUCUAUAGUUCCAUUAUAUACGACAAUUGAAUAACGAAACUAAUAACAUUCUAAAGGUCAAAUAAUCAGGUAACGCGUUACGGCCUCCUCCUGUCAUUCGUUGACUUUUAGCUUUUGAUCUACAAUGUCGUUUUAAUAACGGCCUAGACUGUUUCGUAUCAAAUUAUAUUUUAAUUAACGGUCUAAUGAAAAUUUUAAUACAGUUAUAAACAAUAAAGUUCUGUGUUGUUUUAUGAUUAAAUCUUAGCGGCAACAAAAAACGUAAUCAAAAUGAGAAAGUUUUCAUAUAUUGAGAUUGAAAAUUUAUUUACAUCUUGCCAAUAUUAAAUUUUAUUUGUAUCUAAUUUAGAUAUCAAACACUGCCUUUGAAUGAGACUAGAGAAUAUAAACACUAAUUAUGCAUUGUUAGCUCAAGCGCUUAAUUACUAUUUCUUAACAAAUAAAUACCUAUCGUCUUCUAAAGAAGUAUAAGUUAAUUAUUUACCUAACAAAAAAAAAGCCUUUUAAAACGUAGUGAAGCACUCUAAUUUCUACUGUAAUAAGUAUCCAAUCAACAAUUAUUUCUCAUAAUUUCACGUUUUCUUGGGUUCGGACUUUUAUAAUUAAUAGUAGUAUAGAAUUUCUUCUUCCGUUUCUAUUGCUUUAUAUUUCUAAUUUUAUUUUUUUUAUUAUUAAUUUCUAUACAUAUUCCUAUUUUAACCUCUAGUUGAUAGAACCCGAAGAAUCUCUUUUUAACAAUGUUGAAUACUCAUUUUUGUAAAUAUGUUAAUGAAAGAGUCUUAAAUGAUGGCAACAGUAGAUCUCUUGACCACAUUGAACAAAUAAGAACUUUUAGACCUCUAACGUCAUUAUAGCGCUGUCUCAAAAUUAGGAAACAUUAUAAAGGAUAAAAAGGCAUAACAACAAACAACGCUCUUUAUACGAAUUACAUAAGUGGCGUUAUUAGUUUUACUUUGCUUUUUGAGCUACUGUUACGCACGUACCGUUUGCCACACGACCCGUUUAUUCAUUUUAGCACAAAUGUAUCAUGUUCAAUGUGAUCAAAAGUGUGAAUAACACACGAUCUUUAAAUAAACUAACAAUUUGCGACAUUUUGUACUCUCCCACUUGUAUCUCAUUAGAAUGGUAUUUUCAAGUUAGCGAAUUUAUAGAUUAAGUUUUAAGAUACAUACUUAAUGAGAUUUACCAAUUUAUUAUAAGAAACUGUGGCUACCUUGAUAAAUUAUGCGAAUGAGAAUUAUAUGAUUGUUAAUAUAUUCAUUGUAAUAUGUUACAUUAUGUUGGAUUAUUGAGUACUUUUAUAUCGAAAAGAAGGAUUAUAUUAAUUAAUAUUGAUCGAUUUUUAUUGCAUUUGUUCCUGAGUUGAUUUUAGAUUUUAUUGAUUAAUGAUUACGUCUUGUUUAUUAAGAUUUCUAUGUGUAAUAUUUGCAUGAUUAAUUUAAUUUAAUUAUAGCUGUGUAGUUUUAAGGGCAACGUGG